GCUAGUUUCCGCGCAGUGUAAAAGCGCCUAUACGAUAAUAGUUCGGAUUUACGAUAUCUUUGGUAUCUUUUAGACUGUAGUUUUUUUUUAUUCUGUGGUUUUGUUAUCAGCAGCCAGAGACCUUAUCAAAAAUGUCAAAAUGCGGAAGUAAAGUAUUUUGAACGAGCGAGACUACAGAAUUUUAAUUUGCAUUUAGGAAUACGGCAAACAAGGUCAACGUAAUAAUAUAAAGUAACAAGAAAAGUAAAAAAAUACAUAAUGGAAACAGUAACAUUUUUAGGAACUGUUGAUCGAUAUAAUGGUGUCACCGUAGAUUCUCAAAAAGAACCUUGCGAAUCUAAUAAUUUCAAACGCCAAAUCUCUGAUUCACUUAAAAAGUGGACUGAAGAGGAAAGACGAUGUAUUUGGUUUAAAGUUGACAUAAAAAAUGCUGAUUGGGUACCACUUUUAGCAAAUGAAGGUUUUAACUUCCACCAUUCUAGAGACAAUUUUGUAAUGAUGUAUAAAUGGUUGCCGACAGACAGGCCAGCUAAUUUACCACCAGCAUGCCACACCAACUUAGGUGUUGGUGGACUAGUCUUGAAUGACAAAAACCAAAUGCUGGUGGUGGUAGAAAAACAUGCAGAAAUUAGUCACUGGAAACUUCCUGGAGGAUAUGUUGAAAGAGGUGAAGACAUCAAAGAUGCUGCAGUAAGAGAAAUUAAAGAAGAGACUGGUAUAGAUGCAGUGUUUAAAUCAUUGGUUACCUUCAGGCAUGCUCAUAACAGGAUGUUUGGCAACUCUGACAUUUAUGCUGUAGUCAUGUUAGAGGCCACAUCAGAUACAAUAAAUAAGUCAGAUAUAGAAAUUAAAGAUUGCAAAUGGAUGGAUAUUCAAGAGUUUUUGUCUCAUCCAGAAGUAUAUGGUUUCAAUCGCUUUAUUGUUCAGCAAGCAUUAGAUUUAUUAAAUAAUAGAAAAUUAAGAUUUGAUCUUGAUAAAAGUACAGUCCACUUUGGAAAGUUAACUACAGAAAUUACCUCUUUUGUAGUGGAAGAUUUGUAAUGUUUUAACAAAACAUCUAAGGAUUGUAAUGUAAAUUAGAAAGAUCCAAAUCUGAGUAAUUUAUAGCUCAAUUGAUUUUAUGGCAUAUGGGAU